UUACAGGAAAACUAAUAAUUCCCAAAUUCUAAAAUUAUAUUCCCAAAUCCUCCCAAACGAUUCCCAAAUGAAUGGAAAUAGUUUGAGUGAAAAAUAACAAUUUUAUCUGCUAACUAUACGGAGCUCAAAUUACGUUAGCUCGGUGCUUAGUCUAUAUAUAACUAAAAAGUCAAUGAGCGGACUAUACUAUACAGCGGACAACAUAAUUUUUUGGCGCCAUUCUUCAUUCAUCCGUGGUUAUUGGUCGUUACAUUUUGUACGGGACUUGAUUUUGGAUUUUGUCAAAAUAUAAUUUUGAUUGCGUUAAUGAUGGACAUGAUUAAAUCAAAUACAUCAACGGGUACAAACAUUAUUGAAAAGUGGCAAUCAUCAAAAAAAACGAUCAAAGCACGUUUUAGCUUUCUGUUUAACAACGAAAAGCUAUCAGAUAUACAUUUUAUUUUGGGAAAAAAUAAACAGCAUCGAAUACCAGCUCACAAACUGAUUUUAGCAGCUGCAAGUGACGUGUUUGAAACGUUUUUUUUUGGACCCAUCGCAACUGAAUCUGAUCAAAUUGAGUUGCCUGACAUUGAACCAACAAUAUUUAUAGCGUUUCUAAAAUUUAUUUACACAGAUGAAACUAAAAUUGAUCAUGAAACAGUUAUGUCUACAUUAUACGUUGCAAAAAAAUACAACGUAACAGUUUUAGAAGAAUAUUGUGUGAAAUUUUUAGAAGCAAAUUUAGAUUGUGAUCAUGCGGUUUUAUUAUUAAAUCAAGCCAGGUUCUUUGAUGAGCCAGAAUUGGCAAACAAGUGCCUAGAUUCCAUUGAUCGAAACGCAGAAGAAGCUUUAGCUUCUGACGAAUUUAUUGAUAUAAAUUUGGAUACUUUAACUGAAUUAUUAAAACGAGACACUUUACAAAUUGAAGAAUUAAAGUUAUAUGAAGCUAUUUUAAGAUGGACGAAAGCAGAAUGUGCUAGAAAACAAUUAGCUGUUACAUCGGAAAAUCAACGAUUAGUUUUAGGCCCAGCAUUUAAAUUAAUACGCUUUCCAUUAAUGUCAAUUGAAGAAUUUGCUAUUGGUCCUGUUCAAAGUGGAUUGUUAAGUGAUCGUGAAGUUAAAGAAUUAAUGUUAAAUAUUACAGUUAAUCCAAAACCAGCUGUUGAAUUUUCAGACGUACCUCGUGAAAAAUUGAUUCGUAAAGAACAAAUAGUGAAAAGAUUUAAUAAUAAUUAUCCUGGAUGGACCCGUCUUGGUGAUACUUAUUAUGAUGGUAUUGAUUUGAUGGUUGACCGACCCAUAUUUAUUGUUGGAUUUGUGUGUGGUUCAACUAAAACCUUCAUUCAUUUGGAUGGUUCAGAAAAAAUCUGUAAAGUAAGAUUCCAAAAACCAAUUAAAAUUACACCAAAGACAUAUUAUAGAGCAAGCGUUCGAAUGAAAUUUAGAACAGAUGCAAUUUACAAUUGGUUCGGCACUGGAGCCCAAAGCAAAGUUACAAUUAAUGAUUUAAAUGGUAAACCCAUAAAUUUUCAAUUUGCACCCACUGAACUUAAAGGUGGACAAAUCCCACAAAUAAUAUUUUAUUUGUAA